CGCUUGCCAAGUCGCUUACAACUUUACAACUCUCUCAUCAAUGUCACGAUUCGUUCGUUCGUCCAAAUACAGACACGUCUUCGGUACAGCCGCCAAAAGAGAUCAGUGCUACGAUAAUCUCAGAGUCACCAACAAUGCUUGGGACAGCAAUAUCGUUAAGGCCAAUCCUUUGUUUAUUUCCGUGAAUUGGAAUUCGUCCGGUGGAGGUGCCUUUGUAGUCAUUCCGCACGAUACUGUUGGAAAGUUGCCCGAUAACUAUCCUCUCUACCGUGGACAUACUGCUGCCGUCUUGGAUACCGACUUUCAUCCUUUCAACGACUAUGUCAUUGCUUCCGGUGCUGAAGAUAGCAAAGUCAUGAUCUGGAAUAUCCCUGAGAAAUAUGAAGAAGAACAAGAAGAGAUUGCCCCUGUUCUCAAGCUUUCUGGUCACGGCCGAAAAGUCGGCCAUGUUCUCUUUCACCCAACGGCAAACAAUGUUUUGGCUUCGGCAAGUACCGAUCUUACCAUCAAGCUUUGGGAUAUUGAAAAGGGUCAGGAGAGACAGGAAAUCACUGGCCAUGGUGAAAUUAUUCAAUCCAUGGCAUACAACUACAACGGCUCUCUCAUGGCUACCACUUGUCGCGACAAGAAGCUUCGAAUCUUCGAUCUUCGAAGUAAUAAAAUUAUUCAAGAAGGCGCUGGCCACCAAGGUAUCAAGGGAUCUCGUGUGGUGUGGCUAGGUGAAAACGACCGUAUCUGUACCACCGGAUUUUCUCGUAUGAGCGAUCGUCAACUCAAUUUGUGGGAUACUAGUGAUCUCAGCAAACCCAUUAAGUCUGAAUUCUUGGAUACCUCAUCUGGUGUUCUGAUGCCGUUCUAUGAUCUCGAUACCAAAAUGCUAUACCUUGCCGGCAAAGGUGACGGCAACAUCCGCUAUUAUGAAUAUGAGAAUGAUGAAAUGUUCUUCUUGUCUUCUUACCAAUCUCCUGAACCCCAACGUGGUAUGGCCUUCUUGCCUAAACGCGCCGUCAAUGUCAGUGAAUGCGAAGUUGUCCGUGCUUAUAAGGUCACUAGCAGCAUGGUUGAGCCCAUUUCAUUCAAGGUUCCUAGAAAGUCCGAUGCCUUCCAGUCCGAUAUCUAUCCCCCAGCCUUUGGUGAUGAGCCUAGUUUGACUGCUGAUGAAUGGUUCAGCGGAAAGGAUGCUGAUCCCAAGACCAUCAGCCUGGAAGAUGGUUUCCAAGUCAAAGCUAAGCAAGAAUUCGUGACAUCUGCUCCUGAAGAAUCUUCUGUCUCUGCUGAGCCAUCGGCAGUUGCUUCCAAAUCAGCAGCCUCCCGAUCCAUGUCUUCCGAUGAGGGUAUUGCCAAGCUUCGUCAGGAAAAUGACGAUUUGAAAAGCACCAUUUCCGAAAAGGACGUGAAAAUCCGUAACUUGGAACUCGAACUGGAAAAGAUGAGAAAUGCGUUGGCUGAGGCUAAUUUGGCCAAGAAGGUGGCGUCCACCCCAUCACCGGCUCCUAAGGAGGAGGAAGCAACCUCCGAUGCUGCUGCCGGAGCUGCUGCUGCUGCCGCGGACGAAGAGAAGCAGGAGGAAGGUGUCGUGUCGUCCAACUCUGUGUCUGGAAAUGCGGAAGAUGUUGAGCUCCCCCACAACAGCAACUCACUUACAGAAUGAAUUAUAGUAUAGUUUUUGCGGUUUUCGAAUUGAGAUGUGUGAUUUUUUUUCUCAAGAAAAAUAAAAUAUCGUUUGGUUCAAAUGACAAAUGUGAAGUU